UACGGAAAUUAUGAAAAUAUAAUGUAAAAAAAUCCCUAAUGUAGCAACAAUAGAAAGAGUUAUACAAGUGAAACGAGAUGGCAAUAUGGUCUGAACAUCAGUGAAGACCGGUCGUGUCUUUGUGAAAACACCGAGGAAAUCGAAUAUGGGUUACAUUACAAUUUUCUUCUGCAUCGUAGUAACUUUAACUGUGACGAUGACUGUUACGGAUGCUGCGAACGGUAGAUGUCCCCCACCGUCCAAGGUGUACGGCUGUACACCUAGGUGCCAUGAGGACUACGAGUGCAAGUACGGCAAGAUCUGUUGCCCCAACUCAUGCAACACCAAGUCCUGCUCGGAACCAGCGCCCUACUCUAGCAGUACUGGGAGCAAAUAUGGUGGACCCGGAGUCUACUGUGACGGCGUCAAAUGCAAACCUAAUGAAGUGUGCAAACCAAAUCGCAUUACGAAGAGAUUGAGAUGUCAACAUCCUUGAAACUCGUGAAAACUUUGUAAUAAAAAAAUUUACUUUGCAUGCCAGUACGUUUUUAAUAUAAUAAUAUUUGAAAAGAGAAUCUAUUAAAAUCGACGAUGUCACCACGUACUAAAGUCACCAUUAUUUGUUAAAUAAAACAAUUUCAGAAAACUGA